AUGGCCAAGCCAAAGAACAGCGAUCGCAUCGUCGUGGACAACUCAAACCUCUCGGAGCUCAAGUCCACAUGCGAUGAGGCGGUGGAGCGCAUCCUCUCGCGCCAGGUCGACGACGGCUCGCACGCCAAGCAGCUCGGAUAUGCGCCAUUCAAGCCGAGCCAUCGCCACGCCGAUCUGCGUCUGGCGCUCGGAUUCACCGCCUCGGCCGUGAUGAUCGGUACCUCGAUAUGGUCCUACUUUGUUGAAAAGGAGUGGAGCCGCAACAAGUACCCUUGCGGCGUGGCGGUCGUCGUCUAUGCCGUGCUCUCGGCCAUCCAGAUGCUCGACUCGUACAUCCAGGGCAACACCAUCUUCACCGGCACACGCAAGAUGCUCUCCAACCGCAUCGAAACAGAGCGUAUCGUCCUCCAAUCGCCACCUCUACCCAAGGCGACCAAGAAGCCGCCGCAGUCGCCCGACGCAAAGCCGCUCCUCACUCCACCCGCCUACACUCUCCACCUGCACUACACGCGCAAGUCCAACAAGGGCAAAUCGUUGCUCGGCAGCAAGAACGCUUCCUUGCCGCUGGGCCAUCUCGGCGAAUGGUUCACCGAACAAGGAGAGUUUGUCGAGGGCAUUUUUGAGCACCGAUUGCUCUCGGCGCUUCUCAAGGCCAUCGGGCAGUAA